CCUCUCACACUUUUUGAGCCACGAUCCAGUUCCGUGUUUUCUCUUGACUUGGUCCCCUCUUCUUGCCCGAGGAGGCAUCACCACAGCCCGCCUGCAUCGCUCUGCGCUCCGCUCCACUUAUCUGAAUCUGAUCUCGUCUGAGCAUCCACUUCCAAAUUGGGUUGUCAUUUUUUGACCCCCCUUUGCUCUUCCCGCGAACAGGUCAACGUGCUCUCUACGUGGACGUUUUUGAAGACCGCUAAGAGAGAGGGAGAGAGCUGAGAGAAAUACAGAAAGAGACAGAUCAGAGAGAGAGAGAGAGAGAGAGAGAGAGAGAGAGAUGGCUUCGUGGAUCUUGAGCUAUAGUGUUCCCGUCCUCUCUUCCAAUACUGGACUCGGUGCGUUGGAGUCUGUACCCCUCACCGGUGGCGUUCUGUGAACAGUGAUCUGGAUACUAAACACCGAGCCUUCGAAAGGUUGUCCGUUAGCCCACGUUACAAUCAAGAACUGCGAAGACUAUAUAUAUAUCGUUUAAGCGGGGUUUUUUUGUUACAAGGGGAAUCAGAAUGUACCUUGACGAUAUAAAAGCAUCGCUGACUUGGAAUCAAAUUGCUUAAUUUUUCAUUCAUUUGAGGGGAUUUUUUUUUUCUUCCAAGAAAGAACUCUGGACUGUUACAAGGGAGACGACGGUUAUUGUAAAGACACUGCGCUUUCAAUGCCUAGAUCUGUGCGCGACCAUUGCUGCAGCUUCGUGUGAGAUGUGGCGUAUGGUUUCAUCUCUGAGCCGUGAGAGGAGUAACCCCCUCCGAGGUCGUUGGGGUUCAGCAAGAAGUAACAUCCUCAAUACUUCCGGGUCACCUUCUUCUAAGGUCAUGUGGACCUCACGCCUACUCUUUAUCUUCACCUUGUUCGCCCCCCUCACCCUCGCGGUGAGUCGAGCCCCUGUCCCCAUGGCGGUGGUCCGUAGGGAACUGUCCUGUGAGUCCUACCCCAUCGAGCUACGCUGCCCGGGCACAGACGUCAUCAUGAUUGACAGCGCCAACUACGGACGCACCGACGACAAGAUCUGUGACUCGGACCCAGCACAGAUGGAGAAUACUAGAUGUUACCUGCCCGACGCAUACAAGAUCAUGUCCCUCAGGUGAGCUGAUCUAGAAUUAUAGUUCUGUGUCUGUCUGUCUGUCUGUCUGUAUGUCUGUCUGUCUGUCUGUCUGUCUGUCUGUCUGUCUGUCUGUCUGUCUGUCUGUCUGUUCAUCUAUCCAUCCGUUGAAGAUCAUGUCAGCUCAGAUGAGCUGAUCUAGAAUUAUAGUUCUAUGUCUGACGAUGUACUGUAUAGAUGAGACGGUCAAUCUGUUCUCAGACUGAAUUGUUCAAGGUUAGAUAUGCAGAUCUGGAAU